CCGCCACCCAAAUUGGGUGAGCGGCGAAGGGCAGCUGUUGCUGUUCUUCACCAUGGCCAGGGGAGACCGGGCAGGCAGCGUUUGCUUUUGCAGGCUUGCAAGGGGCCAGCGGCGUUGGGCGAAGCCUCUCGCAUCUUACUAAAGAAGAAUUAUUUUCCGUGCUUGGAUAAGGCACCAGACCUGCAUGGAGAAAAAGAUGGGAGAAGCCGUUGCCAGGGUAGCUAGAAAAGUGAAUGAAACUGUUGAAAGCAGAGCGGACUCUCUUGAUCUGGCAGACUGCAAGCUGAUGACCUUCCCCAUCGCCCUUUACAAAGUCAUGAGGCAUGUCACUGAAGGGAUACAUCUCAUCACUUUGGCCAAUAAUGAACUGAAGUCCGUGACGAGCAAAUUCAUCACCACCUUUAGCCAGCUGAGAGAACUGAAUCUGGAAGGGAAUUACAUUCAUCGCCUGCCAGAAGAGGUCCAGACUCUUUUCCAUCUGAAAGUCAUCAACCUUUCUAGAAACAAAUUUCGGCACUUUCCAGAGCAGCUGACUUCUUUGAAAGCUCUUGAAACCAUCAACCUAGAAGAAAAUGAAAUUGUGGAUGUGCCGGUUGAGAAGCUGGCCUCCAUGGAGUCUCUCCAGAGUGUGAACCUGAAGUCUAACCCACUCAGUGAGGAGGUUCGGGUGAUUGCCAGACCACUGAUCAAGUUUGACCUCCUGAUGUCUCCGGCUGUUCCCCACGUCUGAAAUGGGGAGGACUCAGAGGCAUAGCUGCAAUGCAGUUGUUAUGUGGUUGUAGUUUUGAAGGGAGAGGAAAUGCAGUGUGUGCUGAACUAGGACAGGCCUGCCAGCAUUCCCAAGCUGCACUGCGGCGUGCAUGAAGCUUCAUGGGCUUGCAGAGUGGCAGAAGGCAUGACGGGUUUUUUGCCAAAGGACGGCAGUUCUUGCUGAAAUUAAUCCUUGUUAAACUGUCAGCAUAUUGAAAGGUCAUCACACUUACCCCCGCACCCCAUUGUUGCCUUCUGAACUGUUAGGGAAGAACAACAUCUUUAAGGAGACAACUGUUAAUCUCUAGUCUGGUACUGCAAAGUUAUGGAUGGAAUACAGCAUUUCCCAUACCUUGUAGUCUGUCACUUAAGACAGGAGUGGCCAGCAGGAUGGUUGGGAGAGGGCCAGUCAAUUUUGGUAGCCUAGUUUACUUACCCUACAAAAUUUGAACCAGAAUCUGAUAGAAAUUUUGCACAGUUUCACUUCUGGUAAAAAGAUGACUGAAUUCAAAAGUUAUGAGAGGGACAGAGAUCAUCUCUCUUUCACGUAAAAAUCCAGGCAAUAGGUAUUGAUUCUUUUUAUUAUGAUGCCUGACCAGUGAUGAGGAAAUCAGGUACUGUGACAAAAUAAAUUUCUGGACCUCAGACUAUUGUCUGAAAAGUAGAAUCAACCUUGAAUAUAUAGAAGGAGACACCCUUGAUUUGGGGAUUUCAUAAACAUAGGAGUAUAAAUUCCUCACUGUGCCCUUUCAAAGUAAAUCUCUCUGAUAAAAUCUAUGACAUAUGAACAAACAUUGCCUUAAAUAUGUUGCAUUUCAGUCUGUGCUGGAUUCUUAUUCAGUAGCUUCUAGUUCAGUUCCAUAUGAAGACAUAAAGGGCUGAUCAUGGCCUUUGUAUAUCUCAAUCAUGUUCUCUCUUUAGCCAGGCCUUUAUGAAGAAAAGCCCUGAUUUUUAUAAACUCCCUGAAUUAAAGAGCUCCCAAUCCUUUUCCUGUCCUCCCUAACAUUUUCUACUUCUAAUUUGUAUUCUUUGUUGGAGUGGGGCAAUCCAAACUGUAGGUAUUAUUAAAAGUAUGGCAUGGAAUUGAUUGGAGGGGGAACAAAGAAGACUAGUUCCAAUAAUGAAUACAACAAAACCCACCAAAAUACAAAGAGUUAAAGCAAAAUGUUGUUUAGCACAAGAUCAUCUACAGAUUACAUAAAAUACAUACCUUAUAGGCAGCUGAAAUAAAUUCCUCUGAUGAAUUCUAUGUGAACUGAUAUUUGUGUGUGAACAAAUAUUUCCUUUUGUGUUUCAGUUUGCACUUGAUUUUAUUCAGUGUUAACAGUAUCAACCAAGUGUUCAGUACUCAACAUUUCGAUACAUCUGUUGAAGUCAAGGGCCUUAGGAGGGUAUUCUUGGGAGUGCACUGAAAAUAUCUUUCAAGGGCUCAAAUGAUUUCCUGUAAAUAGUUUCAGGUAGGUAGCUGUGUUGGUCUGCAGUAGAACAGCAAGAUUUCAGUCCAGUGGCAACUUAGAGACCAACACAUUUCUUGUAAAGUCUGAUCCAUUUCAACAAAAGAUCUUCUUUAAGAGCACUGUCCUGAUGAAAGUACAAUCAUCUAACAACAACAAUAACAGCAUUCAAUUUAUAUACCAUCCUUCAGGACAACUUAAUGCCCACUCAAAGUGGUUUACAAAGUGUGUUUAUUAUCCCCACAACAAUCACCCUAUUAGGUGGGUGGGGCUGAGAAAGCUCCUAGAAGCUGUGACUGACCCAAGGUCACCCAGCUGGCUUCAAGCAGAGGAGUGGGGAAUCAAACCCGGUUCUCUAGAUUGGAGUCCUGUUGCUCUUAACUACUGUACCAAACUGGUAAGUAAAAACUCAUAUAUCUAUAGAGGAAGAACGCUCCACUCCUAAAUACUCAGUGCCCUUUUAAUGUCAAUAAGUGCUUGUCAUCAAUGUUAUUCCCUUUUAUUACUUUGCACUUUGGUGGUUUGUGAGUGUGUGGGGGGGCAGGUAUUGAAUUACAUAAGGGCAAAAUGCCCAGCAAUAUGCUUGGAGGUGGGAUAUAUGGACAGAAGGCUUCUAAACUGCAAAGGCCCUUGAGGGUUGCAUUUCUGCUUGUCCUACACACAGUCACACAGUAUUUACUGCCAGUGAUAUCCUUUUAGGGUGACCAGGCCACCCACUGCAGAGGAUAAAUGCUGCAUUCCCAAAUGCAGCAUUUUUUUCUUUUAUAGUAAAAUAGUUGCCAUUCACUCAUCAUGGAAAAGUAAAGAAGCUGCCUCAGGGAUACCAUUAUGGCAGGAAUUUGUAAUCCCAGCUCUGGAGAAUCAAACCUUGCUUCUUGUUUGCAUAUUCCCACCUCCGCAGCAACCUAUCCGCAACCUUGGUUCUGUUUCUUGGUCAUGACAGAAUGUGACAUAACCCGGAAAGGUGGCUUUUAGAUAGAUACAUAAGUAAGUAUGGCCUGGAAAAUGUAAGCUGCCGGAUGUUCCAAGAAGCAGUCUCUUUCGUUGGAAAAUGCUUUCUUUCCGCAUAACCAAACAAGUAUGAAAUUAUCCUCAUUCAAAAGAAACCCUCUGCUGAAAUUUGUGGAAAGGGAGGGUUGUACUUUGUGGGAGCUGUGAUCAGUUGAACAGCUCUGUGCAGCAGUAAUAGAAUUGCUGGGGGGGGGGGAGAGACAUGGCAGUGGAAAACUACCAGAUUCAUUCAUCUAUUGUUCACAGAGAGAGCAGUGACAGAGCACUUGUGUGCAGAGCAUUGAUGCUUAUGGAUUGUUUUGUUUUUUAAAAAAAUCCUUUUGCUGUGGUUGUUUGUUUGUCUUUAAAAAGCCUUUUCUAGUGCUCCAUGGACUCAUGUCAUGGGUCUGAUUAACUAACACCCUGGCCUGCCCCAGGGUCUGAGCUUGCUGGCUGCUACACAACUUGGGAUUUCUUUUGUUUUCUUUCUUCAGCCUUAUAUUCUUGGAGAACUCUGUGAGUGUGUGUUUCUAUGUGAUUGACAGGCUACAAUGACCUGUCACUUUGACAAAUAAAGAGUCUGAACGUUUUAAAGUC